GAGGUCUUUCCCGAAAAAUCUUUGGACGAUUGAUGGCUGCUUGGUGCUCGUGUCAAGCACUCGCUCGUCUUCGCAAAUCGGCAACUUGAACAUAAACUUUAUUCAAUUCAAUUUAAAUCAAAUAAUCAAUAUUCCACCAUGAAGCUCGCCAUUUUCGCUACUCUCGUUGCUUCCGCAUCUGCUUUCUCCAUCAACAAGGCUGAUAUGGCCAAGGUAUGUUUUGUUCGAUCAAAAUUUGAUGAAAAUCGGCUCGGUGAAGCUAAAGAUACGCUUUUACAAUUUUUUUGUGGGGCCCGUGCCAUACGUGUGUCGUUGUUUAAAAAUUAUCGUUGACACCAUGGUCUUGGAUUUUAUCGUGUAGAGCACGUGAGCGAUAAAAUCUUUGCCAUCACAAAAUGGUUGAUGCCGCCUACCAAGACGGCAUCAAAGACUGUUUCUUCUCUGUUGAUGACGCUAACUACCGGUUACGGGUCAAUGCGAAGGAAUCGACUUUCGUGCUUACCAUGGAUUGUGAAUGAAAUCGACAUCGAAGCAAAAGUUCUCUGACUCACCCAUUAUGCUGCUCCCCGCAACCUUACACCGUGUACCAACAGGCCGCCGCCGCCGGAGCUAUUGCGUUCGGAGUUGCCGCCCCUGCCUACGCCGGAGAUGUCGGUAACGGAGAAACCGUCUUCAACGCCAACUGCGCUGCUUGCCACGCCGGUGGACAGAACGUCAUCAUGCCUGACAAGACUCUUGAGAAGGAAGCCCUCGAGAAGUACCUUGCCGGAGGACGAAACGAAGCCGCCGUCCGAACUCAGGUCACCAACGGAAAGAACGCCAUGCCUGCCUUCGGUGGGCGUCUUGACGACGACCAAAUCGCCGAUGUUGCUGCCUACGUCAUCGCCACUUCCGAAGAGGGAUGGGAUUAAACUAUUGAAUUGGGUAACAGUUUAACUAAUCCUCUUGCGCAUAUGGUCAGCGAAAAAGCACCACGCAAUCAUCAGGGUUAUCCCUGGAUUGCGACCGACCGCGGCGUUUUAAGCCGGCUUCCGUUGCCGCCACCCCGGUCACAUUUUUAAUGUAGCGAUAGCCAUAAAAUCACGUUACACUG